AUGGCCAAGGUUCGCCAGGCAACACAUGCUGGAAGUUGGUACUCUAGUGAUGGAAAGGAAUUAGAUUCUCAACUCACAUCAUGGUUGUCGAAGGCCCCUGUGUGCCAAGCUCCUGCUCGAGCCAUCAUAGCACCUCAUGCAGGAUAUUACUACUGUGGUGGAUGUGGUGCCCAUGCUUACAGACAGGUAGAUCCAAGUAGAGUACGUCGUGUGUUUAUUCUUGGUCCGUCCCAUCAUGUCCGACUGUCAGGUUGUGCGCUGACUGCUACAGAGAUUUAUUCCACUCCUCUGUAUGACCUCACAGUGGACCAGCAAAUUAACCAAGAGCUCUAUGGAACUGGAAAAUUUGAAACAAUGAAGAUUUCUACAGAUGAAGAUGAACAUAGUAUAGAAAUGCACUUACCAUUUAUAGCCAAAGUAAUGGAACGACAAAGAGGACAGUUUACUAUCAUUCCAGUUCUUGUUGGAUCAUUAUCAACGGAGAAGGAGCAGGAUUAUGGUGCUCUGUUUAGUCGAUAUCUCGCAGAUCCCACCAACUUCUUUGUGAUAUCUUCAGACUUUUGUCACUGGGGUCAAAGGUUCCAUUUUGUCUCCUAUGAUCAGCAACAUGGAGAGAUUUGGGAGUCUAUCAAGGCCUUAGAUAGUAUGGUGAGCAGAAAGGUAACUGGAAAUGGAUUUAAAAUGUCUUUCAAGUUUGUCAAGUAUGAGCAGUCAAGCAAGUGUAAAACCAUGCGAGAUUCGUCCGUUAGUUAUGCCUCUGGUGCUUUAGUAAUCGAGGAUACAAAUCAGCAAAUGAUGUACAAGUAA